UCAUUCCUUAAUAAAAAAAAAAGCCAUUUUCAUCAAAAGCCAAGUGAGCUGCUAGCUUUGGAGGCAUACAAGCUUUCCCAUUUCUCCUUUCAGGGUAAAAUGGGAAAGUUUUGAUCUUUGGAUUUUGUAAGUGCAUUUGAAAGUGAUAACAGUAAUAUGAAGCUGUCAUGUGAAUUGAGGUCCUAUUGUUUGUAUCCAUGUUACGAGAGGAGAAUGGUGAAUGCAAAAUUAUGCCAGUUGUUGCACACGUUAGUUUCCGCGCUGAUAUUGCUUAAAGUUGAUGGCCUCUUUGUUAAUAUUACUUAUCUACAGAGUGCUGUAGCAAAAGGAGCAGGUGAAAUGAAGAAAAAUGUAUCAAUAUGCCUGGAUGGUAGCCCACCAGCUUACCAUAUGGACAAGGGUUUCGGAACUGGAAUUAACAAUUGGCUGGUCCACAUAGAGGGAGGAGGAUGGUGCAACAAUGUGACAACUUGCCUUGCUCGUAAGAACACCCGCUUGGGUUCUUCCAAGGCAAUGCCUAAACUGCUUGCAUUUUCAGGAAUUCUUAACAAUAGAGCUAGUUUUAAUCCAGACUUCUACAACUGGAACAGAAUUAAGGUUAGGUAUUGUGAUGGAGCAUCAUUUACCGGAGAUUUGGACGCCGUUAAUCUUGCUACUAAUCUUCACUUCAGAGGGCAUAGGAUUUUUCUUGCUGUUAUUGAGGAAUUAUUAGCGAAAGGGAUGAAGAAUGCUAAAAAUGCAAUACUUUCUGGCUGUUCAGCUGGUGGAUUGACUUCUAUAUUGCUUUGUGAUACAUUCCGAGCUCUUGUACCCAUGAGUGCUAAAGUAAAAUGCCUAGCUGAUGCAGGUUACUUCAUUAAUGCCAAGGAUAUCUCUGGAGCACCGCAUAUCGAAGCUUUUUAUGAUGAUGUUGUCAGGACACAUGGAUCGGCAAGGCACUUGCCUACAUCUUGCACUUCACAAGGCAGACCGGGUUUGUGCUUUUUCCCUCAAUAUACAGUGCAACAAAUCAAAACACCACUAUUUUUGGUCAACGCGGCCUAUGAUUCAUGGCAGAUAAAGAACAUUUUGGUUCCUGGUGUUGCUGAUCCUCAUGGCACCUGGCUCAAAUGCAAGCUUAAUAUUAAUAAUUGCUCCCCGGCCCAACUUAAAUUGAUGCAGGAAUACAGGUUGCAGUUUUUGCAUACUGUGCCUCCGGUAGGCAGCUCUACAUCUAGAGGGAUGUUUUUGAACUCUUGCUAUUCCCACUGCCAAACAGAACUGCAGGAGACAUGGCUUAUGAAUGGAUCUCCAAUGUUAUUUAAUAAGACAAUUGCAAAGGCAGUUGGGGACUGGUAUUCUGAUCGAAGUCCAUUUCAAAAGAUUGAUUGUCCAUACCCUUGUGACAAAAGUUGUCACAAUUCGAUUUUUGAUCCAACCGAGCACCCUGAUAUAUAGGUACAUAUUGCAUUGAAGGUAUAGUUCCUGGGUGAUAAUUUUUUUUAAUAAAUUCAAGUAUAGUCUGGAAAAUAAAGGCGGGAAUAGGAAAGAAAGAUAUAUGAUUCAUCAAAAUUAUAGAAUAAUCAACAAAAUCACAAAUUGUGAUUUGGUGCUUGUUUUCUCUUCUGUAAUCAGUUGUUUGAUUCUGACAAUCAGUUACUAUUGUGUUCAACUUAUAUAUUAAUUUCUUUUUCGGUGCAAA